AUGAAGUAUCCUUCCUCUAAUCCGAAUUCUCUUUCUCAAUUCAUUGACAUUCUUAAUAAGAACAUAUGUUGUAAUCCUUUUUACUUUUCUGAAUACCUAAACCAUUUCUCAUUAUUCUGUUGCGUAGGAAAAACCCUAGCUCCUCAACCAGAUCUUGAAGAGACUGCCAAGUCGAAGAAUCACACCGCUCACAACCAGUCCUACAAGGCACACAAAAACGGCAUCAAGAAGCCCAAGAGGCACCGCCACAUUUUCACCAAAGGGAUGGAUCCCAAGUUUUUGAAGAAUCAUAGGUACACUAGGAAGCACAACAAGAAGGAUGUUGAAUCUGUCACUGAAGAAGAGUAAAGUGCUGGUCAGUGGUCACUGAUGGAGCUAUUUGGAUUCUUAGCUUAGAUUUCUUAUUCAGGCUCUAUAUGUUUUGUUUUGUUUCAAACCUAUCUCUAUAUUACAGUCAUUUUCAUGGUUUGUUAUGAAUCCAGACAUAAUGGAAUGGUUGAUUUGAUAACAUUAUUGUUCUAUUUUGUUGAAGACAUUUAAAUUUUAUCAGAGUUUUAGUUCCCAUAUUAAAUUGAAAAAGGAAAGCUCAAACUUCCUUUCAUAUCUGUGUUUGUAUUGCUGUAUAUGUUUGUACUGCCACGACGUAGAAAUUAGAAACCCACAUGCUUGCUACAUAUGUGUGUUUGUACUGCCAUGAAAUUUCCUUAAAAAACAAUGCUUGGAUAAGGAAUUGCAAUAUAGGAGCCAAGAACAUCCACUAUAGGAGCAAA